AUGGGAGACCUUGAGUGUGGCUUUGAGGAAAUGCAGGGAGUGAAACUAGGAUACCUGCUCAUCAAAGGCAAACAAAUGUUUGCUUUGUCUCAGGUCUUUACCGACCUGCUGAAGAAUAUUCCUCGGACCACCGUGCACAAGCGCAUGGACCACCUGAACGUGAAGAAGCACCACUGUGAUCUGGAAGAACUGCGAAAGCUCAAAGCAAUAAAUUCAAUCGCUUUCCACGCCGCCAAGUGUACCCUCAUAUCACGGGAGGACGUGGAGGCUCUGUACAUCUCCUGCAAGACGGAGCGUGUGUUGAAAUCCAACAAAAGGAAGGUGAAGGCCAGCUCCCCGGGGGACGCGCAGCUCGCCGGUGUGUGGAGGGAGAAAGUUUGGUUCAGUUUGCACAGCAGCGCUCCGCAGACUCUGUCGCUUCACAACAAAGCCGGCGGGAGAGAACUCCCUUCGCUCGCCGACUCCAAACUACCUCAGUUUUACCACAAAUCCCGCGGUCGGGAUUACCGCGCGGCGAGCAAGUCACGUUACAAAUCCUUUAAAAACUAUGAAACAGCUCAGAUAGCGGGCAACUGCGUCACUUUCAACCAGAGACGCUCGUUUUUCAGGAGCGCGGCGAGCCGGCAGCCGGUGGUGUUUCAGUCCGCCAUCGCUGCUCAGCCCAAGCUCUCCGGCGCAGGCGGCGACCUCCUUCACAAAAGGAAGAGGAGGCGCGAGGGGGGCGGCGGCGGCGGCGGCGGUAAGGACGGUGCACGGCACUCCUGGAGUAGGAGUAGACACAUACACCAACCCCCGGUGCUGCUGGUGCAGCCCAAGUGCUGCAGCAAGGCAAAAUCAACCGGGAACGGGACUUUGGACACUUUCCACCUGGGUCACGAUUUUUACCUGCACCCAAGACCUCCUCAUCAUCAUCACCAUCAUCACCACCAUCAUCAUCAUCAUCACCAGCCUAAUUUCCAAGAGAGUUACAGCAGUGACACAGAGUCCAGCACGUACUCGGAUCGGGCCAACCACGAUUCCGACUUUGGAUCGAGCCUUUCCACCACCAGCAACUCCGGGAGCUCGGACGAGGAGGAGGAGGAGGAGGAAGAGGAAGAGGAGGAUGACAGCCAGUCAGAAAGUUCGGAGGUCAGCUCGGACGAGGAGAGCUCUACCCAGUCCGACUCCAGCUCGGUGUCGAGCCAGGUUUCGGUUCAGAGCAUCCGCUUCAGACGGGCCAGGGUGGCGUCUCUCACCAAAACUACUCUCACCACUAAGGCACCUUUGGUUCUGCAGCCCACUUUCCACUACAAUCAUCAGCAGCAGCAACAAAGACAACACAGGGCACCGGAACAUACUGGCACUUUUGGGGUACUAGACUGUAGUGGGCACAAGAAACACCAGAAAUGUGAUUUAUUAUUUGGUGAACUGAAAAAUGACUUGAAACCGGGAAAGCCCCUUGAAUUCAACUCCACUAUCGUUAGAGAGAGCUUUCUGAGUGAGUCGACCAGGGAAACGCUGCCAGAGGUGCACGGUGACCCAAAGAGAGCUGACCAUGUGGAUGUACUAGUCCUCAAUCCAUCCGGCCCGAACCGGAAUAAAACGUUCCCCUCUGCGCGCAGGAUUCCGGGUCACGCAGAGAAGUGUCACCCGGGAGUGAGUUCACAUUGCGACAAUGACAAAGACCCCACCAAAUGUAAAGACAACCAACUUGCAUUAUCUGUGAAUCUGAAGAGAGAGGGAAAAUCCACCAACAACAUAAAAUUGCCCUCUCCUCCGCUCCAUGCGGUGAAGACCGAGGCGGAGGAGCCCUCUGUUACCGCAGGCCCCCUGCACGCUGACGGCGGCAGAGGAGGCGGCGCAGUCAAGACGCCUCCUUUUAACAUCCAAAAUGUUAAAGUCAAAGUGGAGGAGAGCUGCGAUGAGUACGAAUACUUUAGCCCGAGCCAAGCAUCUGGAUUUCAGUGUAAAGGAGACAAGACGGAUGGCGACGACAACAGCAACAACAACAACGGACACCACCAUCUCGGCGGUGACAUCAAACAAACAGACCCCCUCAGCAGCGCUACUAAAGCCAUUGAGAGCACUGCUGCGAAUACAGGGUCUCCCUCUGGCUCUCAGGAAUGUAGGACCACUCAAGACCCUCCUUGUGCCGAGGAAGGGGAAUACAAAAACGGCGCAAGGGUCAGAAAAAACUACAGGACCCUGGUUCUGGGAGGCAAAAACAAGAUUUCGAGAGCGCAGACGAAGCAGAGUGAUCCCAAGGCGGACAAGGGCUCGCCUGCUCGUCCCACGGGCGCGGGGAGGAGUUGUGGGGGGUACACUGAGGAUUUACCGAGCAGAGACAGACGCAAGCGCCCGGUCUGCGGCGUGACAUCGCCCGCAAAGAGGUCGUUCAACUUCAUGUCAAAUUUCCCGUCUCCGCCGUCGCUGGUUGUCGGCAGCGACGGGGAUUUGUGCCCUGCGUACUCCCUGAAUUCGCGGAGGGGCCCCGGGCCGCCCCCUCUCUCUCACCCCGUGUGGAGGUGGCAGCCUGGCGGCCAGCCUCUCCCUCCCCCACCCGCUCCGAGAAUCAGGAAAUACUGA